GAAAAUAAAUAUAAGUUGUUGAAUAUAGAUGUGCACGUUGUUGAAUUUUGCAACAUUUGACCAACCAUAACCUGUGAUACAAUUCUGACAGCACGCCGCGGCAUUUAAAGAGCCGGUUCGCAGUCUUGUGACACCUCAUCCACGUUCAGCGAAUAAUCAGCAGUGAUCUUCGAUGUCCCUUGAUGUCGAUUACCCGCCAAGUUGCAGACUGAAGCGAAGUAAAAGAAGCCCAAACAGGUCAGUUCCAUGCAGUCUCACUUUGCCCGUCCACCCAAAUUGCGGCUCAUUGUUCAGAUUACGCUCUAGCUCGCGUAGUAGUCGUUUUCUUCCCAAGCGCGCAAGAGGAAAACGAAAAACUUGGGGGCAUAUAUAGGCUUUGGCCACGAAAGUGAAGAAAUAUUUCUUCCCUUCCAUGCCACUUGCCCCGUCCCCUUGCUAUUUUUGUGUCACUUUCGCUCUCUGAGCCUUUGCGUGCCUCGUAAGCUAUUCGUUUUGGGAAGGAACCGAUAUGAUCGACUGCUAGGCGGGCAAAUUUCGCUCAAAGCUUCUAGAAUGACUGUAAAAUAUUCACGAAAGAUGCACCACACUGAAGCUGAAAAACACAAGGAAAACAUAAGGAAGACAUAAGGAAGACAUAAGGAAGACAAAAAAAAAAAAAACCCGGCAUGCAUAUCGAAAGCAUAACCUCACGUACGCACACAUUUCGCCGCCAUUUUCCACAAUAUCAGGUAUAUUUUAGAAACGCUCAUUCAAUGCCUACUUUGUUGUUGUGUUACUCGCAGGAAGGUAAUGCAGGUACUUUAAAAAAAGGCAAAUCUACAGACGCAAGCACAAGUAGAGUCCAUUAGGGAAAAGUUGACAACCACCAUGUUGUUACGUCAGGCUAUUUUUUCGCGCAUCGGACUAGUUUUCACAUAACCUGAAGGCGUAAACGAGAAGAAGGAAGGUGAGACGAGAAAAAGAAAGUGAAUGCAAACAGUUUUCCGCAUUGCCUGCACCGAUAGUUAUUAACAAGAAUGGAUGUUUCGGUAUCUAUUUUUUUUUUUGCCAGCGCUGUACGUGACUGUACAUUUGGUUGUUUUGACUUGUUAAGCCAUGCAUAAUAGACUUUGUUGCUGAAGCUUUUAUUUUAUCGUUUGUGUGGUUUAAUUAGUGUGACUUAUAAGGUCACAUGAUUAUACGGAAAUUAUCCGCCAAAAUAUAUUUAAGUAAAGUCAGGUCUUUUCCUGUUUCACUUUCCAUUCCCUCCAGAAGUUGACAGUCAGUAUCACCUCUUCUAGUGCUUGUAAAGAGAAGGGCCCGACUUACUGAUCAGUUGUGAGCCAGCAGAUGCAAUAGAAGAUUUUCCUGGCUUUAAAGCAUCGACCAUGAGCAACAACGUUUUCAUUAUUUUGGGAGAGAACGACUGUAAAGUAGGAGAAGAAGAAGAAGAAGAAGAGGAAGAGGAAGAGGAAACGGAAGAAGAAGAGGAAGAGGAAACGGAAGAAGAAGAGGAAGAAGAAGAGGACAAGGAAGAUGAAGAACAAAAAUAUGAUGAUGGUGAUGGUGCUGGAAAAAGAGGAAGACAGCAAUCUAGAUUUGAACCGAAUCAAUUACUCGUUUGCGGGCUAAGUACGUCAACGACCGAAGAGUGCGUGCUGAACUUCAUUGAGGCAAUGAGCGGUGAAGAGGUGACGGAGGUAAAGCUGACAAACGACAAAGCCCUGAUCACAAUGGCCAAUGACAUAACAGACUUCAAAAGAAUCAAGACCAAAGGCGAAAAAAGAAAAUUAGAUUCAGCUAAGGUUUCCAUCAAACAAGUUCCAGCUUGUACGAGCAUUCUUGUCAGCGGUCUUUCAGAAAACACUACCCAUGAUGCCAUUGAACUACACUUUGAAAGUCAAAGAAACAGUGGGGGUCCUGUGGAAAGCGUGCAAUUUGUACCUAAAAGUGGUAGAGCUGUGGUUGUGUUUCAAGACCCAGCAGGUUUGUAACUCGUUUGUAACUUCGG